CUCUUGCAGAGCCGAUGUGGCACAUCCCAGCUCAGUCCCGGACGGGCAACAGCGUAAACAAGAGGCCCAACCGGCAGGAGCUGGUAGGAAAAAACUCUCCCCACCGAAAUUCCAGGGUAAGUACCAGGGGUCGGGAGGUGUUUUAUAUUCAGAGUAAUCAUUCCUAUAUAUUUGAAUUACACAGGCAGAUCAUGUAGACUAUGUUAAGUUAUAUGAACUAGUUUGGGGGGGUCACUUGUAGCACCAUAACCACUACAGCUCAUUGUAAUGGUUACCAUGCUUGGAAGCUUGGGGUUCACUCCCUCCAGUUUUGUGAAGCCUUUUCUGCGAUGGUUGACAUUGAGAACAAAUCUCAUACCAUCUGUGUUGCCCCUGAGAUAAUGUAGACAUUUAAUUUACUCAUCUUCCCAAAUUUGGAUGGCAGUGAUGGGCUAUGAGUGUUGGGUUCGUCAAACCCCAGUGCCUGUCUUUGGAUGCCAGAAGUUUUUGUCACACUACUCACAAACAGUUUUGAGAAAAAAAAAAGGAGGGGCUGCAUUAAAAAUCACUACAAUAAGAUGUAAUAAUAGUAUAAACUGCAAUCAUUCUUAAAGGGACACUUUACUGCCCAAAUGCAAAAUAAAUAAAAACUAUUGUUCAGUAGAUAAUCCGCAAAUAAAAACGUUAAUACAUUUAUUGAAGCAUUUUUUUUUUUUUUAAAUAACGGUAUAAAUAUAGCUUGCAAACCCUGCAAAUCUCUUGUCUGCAGCCUUCACAAGCCCUUCUCUUCUAACCCCGCCCAGACUCUCUCUGUCUGUCCAAUCACAGACUUCCCAAUACAGCUCAAUAAGAAGUUGUAAGGCAGGAGCUCUGGGUAGUUGCUAACUCUUGAGUUUAUCACCACUGAGCCGAACAAACCAGGAAGAAACAGGAGGGGGGGCUUUUUUUUUUUUUUUUCAAAUUACAAUUUAAACCUGCACUUUUUGUCAAAUGAAAAAAAGGACACUCUCUUCAGAAAGCUUUCAGCAAGCUAAAGUGCUUUGGUCUGGAGUGUCCCUUUAAGUGUAUGGUUUGAGCUAACUGUAUUUAUUUUUUUUUACAAAUAACGUUGCAUUUAAUGAAUCUUCCUUGUAUGCCCUUACAGUAACCACUUGUUUGUUCACUCUCUGCGCAGGGGGAGGCACAUUAUUCCAGCCACUCCAGUAGUAACACAUUAUCCAGCACUGCAUCCAGUAACCACAGUAACCACAGCGAUGAGCGUUGGUUUGACCCUACCGAGCAGCCUGAAGUAGAUAUCGAGCCUCUCUCCAAAGGCACAUCCAAUGACAGUGGCAUCGACACUUCCCUCUCCAACUUUGCCAAUGCCAAAUCUACCCGCCUUACCCCUCGUCGUGAAAAGCCUCAAAAACCUGUGUCCUGUUCAACCUAUCCGGGCAUGCACGACAGUGGCUCAAGGGAUAAAAGGAAGGAGCCAGUGAUGUCUGCCAAGGGAUACAGGCCAAAAAUGUACACCCAAGGGAAUACAGGAGGCGAAGUGUUCAGCCAGUCCAGGUAAAGGGAAUGAUCUAUAACCAGUAAAUGUAUUCCAAAUAACAUAUUACUGGUGGAUCUGAAGUUAUCAUAUAACCAUAUAUACAGUACCAGCACUUAAUUUAGGGUUAGUGUCCCAAAAAUUCAAAUGUGUUUGAAAAAAAACCUCAACUGCUAUCUCACUAAAAUGUCCUACUUUCCAUUCCAUUUCACACAGUAAAAAACACAAAAGCAAAAUUAUAGUGAAGAGCUUAUUAAGUGAAUAAUAUUACAAAUCACACAUUAUAUCUUUUAAGUGCUAUAUAUGGGUCUUUUGGGUCUCCAAAUAUCCUUCAAAAAAACAGCAUAGGACCUUUUUUACAGAUAUUUUUGUGUAAGAGUGACAAUGGAACACUCACAUAUUUUAGAUCAGACCCUGUAUUGUACAGUAUGGGGGAGAUCAGACUCUGUAUUGUACAGUAUGGGGGAGAUCAGACCCUGUAUUGUACAGUAUGGGGAGAUCAGACCCUGUAUUGUACAGCGUGUGGGAGAUCAGACCCUGUAUUGUACAGCGUGUGGGAGAUCAGACCCUGUAUUGUACAGCAUGUGGGAGAUCAGACACAGUAUUGUACAGCGUGUGGGAGAUCAGACCCUGUAUUGUGCAGUGGGAGGGAGAUCAGACCCUGUAUUGUGCAGUGUGUGGGAGAUCAGACCCUGUAUUGUGCAGUGGGAGGGAGAUCAGACCCUGUAUUGUACAGUGGGAGGGAGAUCAGACUCUGUAUUGUACAGUGGGAGUGAGAUCAGACUCUGUAUUGUACAGUGUUUGGGGAGUUCAGACUCUGUAUUGUACAGUGUUUGGGGAGAUCAGACUCUGUAUUGUACAGUAUGGGGAGAUCAGACCCUGUAUUGUACAGUGUGUGGGAGAUCAGACCUGUAUUGUGCAGUGUGUGGGAGAUCAGACCCUGUAUUGUGCAGUGUGUGGAAAAUCAGACCCUGUAUUGUACAUUGUGUGGGAGAUCAGUCUCUGUAUUGUACAGUGUGGGGGAGAUCAGACUCUGUAUUGUACAGUGUGGGGGAGAUCAGACCCUGUAUUGUACAAUGUUUGGGGAGAUCAAUCUCUGUAUUGUACAGUGUGGGGGAGAUCAGACCCUGUAUUUUACAGUGUUUGGGGAGAUCAGUCCCUGUAUUGUACAAUGUUUGGGGAGAUCAAUCUCUGUAUUGUACAGUGUGAGGGAGAUCAGACCCUGUAUUUUACAGUGUUUGGGGAGAUCAGUCCCUGUAUUGUACAGUGGGAGGGAGAUCAGACUCUGUAUUGUACAAUGGGAGGGAGAUCAGACUCUGUAUUGUACAAUGUUUGGGGAGAUCAGACUCUGUAUUGUACAGUGUUUGGGGAGAUCAGACCAUGUAUUGUACAGUAUGGGGAGCUCAGACCCUGUAUUGUGCAGUGUGUGGGAGAUCAGACCCUGUAUUGUACAAUGUGUGGGAGAUCAGACCCUGUAUUGUACAGUGUGUGGGAGAUCAGACCAUGUAUUGUACAGUGUUUGGGGAGAUCAGUCUCUGUAUUGUACAGUGGGAGGGAGAUCAGACUCUGUAUUGUACAGUGUGGGGGAGAUCAGACCCUGUAUUGUACAGUGUGGGGGAGAUCAGACCCUGUAUUGUACAGUGUGGGGGAGAUCAGACUCUGUAUUGUACAGUGUUUGGGGAGAUCAGACCCUGUAUUGUACAGUGUUUGGGAGAUCAGACCCUGUAUUGUACAGUAUGGGGAGCUCAGACCCUGUAUUGUGCAGUGUGUGGGAGAUCAGACCCUGUAUUGUGCAGUGUGUGGGAGAUCAGACCCUGUAUUGUGCAGUGUGUGGGAGAUCAGUCUCUGUAUUGUACAGUGUGGGGGAGAUCAGACCCUGUAUUGUACAGUGUUUGGGGAGAUCAGUCUCUGUAUUGUACAGUGUGGGGGAGAUCAGUCCCUGUAUUGUACAGUGGGGGGAGAUCAGACUCUGUAUUGUAAAGUGAGGGGAGAUCAGACUCUGUAUUGUACAGUGGGGGGAGAUCAGACUCUGUAUUGUGCAGUGUGUGGGAGAUCAGACCCUGUAUUGUACAGUAUGGGGGUGAUCAGACCCUGUAUUGUACAAUGUGGGGGGACCAGGCUCUGUAUUGUACAGUAUGGGGGAGAUCAGACCCUGUAUUGUACAGUAUGGGGGAGAUCAGACCCUGUAUUGUACAGUAUGGGGGAGAUCAGACCCUGUAUUGCACAGUAUGGGGGAGAUCAGACCCUGUAUUGCACAGUAUGAGGGAGAUCAGACUCUGUAUUGCACAGUGUGGGGAGAUCAGACUCUGUAUUGUACAGUGUGGGUGAGAUCAGACUCUGUAUUGUACAGUAUGGGGGAGAUCAGACCCUGUAUUGUACAGUAUGGGGGAGAUCAGACCCUGUAUUGUACAGUAUGGGGGAGAUCAGACCCUGUAUUGUGCAGUAUGGGGGAGAUCAGACCCUGCAUUGUACAGUAUGGGGGAGAUCAGACUCUGUAUUCUACAGUAUGGGAGAGAUCAGACUCUGUAUUGUACAGUGUGGGGGAGAUCAGACUCUGUAUUGUACAGUAUGAGGGAGAUCAGACUCUGUAUUGCACAGUGUGGGGAGAUCAGACUCUGUAUUGUACAGUGUGGGUGAGAUCAGACUCUGUAUUGUACAGUAUGGGGGAGAUCAGACCCUGUAUUGUACAGUAUGGGGGAGAUCAGACCCUGUAUUGUACAGUAUGGGGGAGAUCAGACUCUGUAUUCUACAGUAUGGGGGAGAUCAGACUCUGUAUUGUACAGUAUGGGGGAGAUCAGACUCUGUAUUGUACAGUAUGGGGGAGAUCAGACCCUGUAUUGUACAGUAUGGGGGAGAUCAGACCCUGUAUUGUACAGUGUUUGGGGUGAUCAGACCCUGUAUUGUACAAUGUGGGGGAGAUCAGACUCUGUAUUGUACAGUAUGGGGAGAUCAGACCCUGUAUUGCACAGUGUGGGGGAGAUCAGACCCUGUAUUGCACAGUGUGGGGAGAUCAGACUCUGUAUUGCACAGUAUGGGGGAGAUCAGACUCUGUAUUGUACAGUGUGGGGGAGAUCAGACUCUGUAUUGUACAGUGUGGGGGAGAUCAGUCCCUGUAUUGUACAGUGGGGGGAGAUCAGACUCUGUAUUGUACAGUGAGGGGGAGAUCAGACUCUGUAUUGUACAGUGAGGGGGAGAUCAGACUCUGUAUUGCACAGUAUGGGGAGCUCAGACCCUGUAUUGCACAGUAUGGGGAGAUCAGACCCUGUAUUGCACAGUAUGGGGAGAUCAGACCCUGUAUUGCACAGUAUGGGGGAGAUCAGACUCUGUAUUGUACAGUGUGGGGAGAUCAGACUCUGUAUUGCACAGUGUGGGGGAGAUCAAACCCUGUAUUGCACAGUGUGGGGGAGAUCAGACUCUGUAUUGUACAGUGUGGGGGAGAUCAGACUCUGUAUUGUACAGUAUGGGGGAGAUCAGACCCUCUGUGUCCAUAAUAGGUUUAUAUUGUUGGUUCCAUUCCAUAGGUCUGGCAUGUUUAAAACCCCUGAAAAUUCCAGAAUGCCUCACAUGUCCCAGUCCAGCUCCUUCCAGCUGUCCAGCUCUGUCCCCAAAUCCUUCUUUUCCCGUCAGAACGUGAGAAACAAGAUCCCAGCUGGGUGGAAGAAACCUGAGGAAACUCCACCCAGGCCGACAACCUUCACAGACACCACAAAGUAAGACCUCCAUGCAUUAAUCAUUUCAUUGACAUUAAGUACUGACCAUUAAACAUGUCACUGUCACUAGUACACUGUGACCCUGGGAGGGACCGACCAUUAAACCUGUCACAGUCAUUCGUACACUGUGACCCUGGGAGGGACUGACCAUUAAACCUGUCACAGUCAUUCGUACACUGUGACCCUGGGAGGGACCGACCCUUAAACAUGUCACUGUCAUUAGUACACUGUGACCCUGGGAGGGACCGACCAUUAAACAUGUCACUGUCAUUAGUACACUGUGACCCUGGGAGGGACCGACCAUUAAACAUGUCACUGUCAUUAGUACACUGUGACCCUGGGAGGGACCGGCCCUUAAACAUGUCACUGUCAUUAGUACACUGUGACCCUGGGAGGGACUAACCAUUAAACAUGUCACUGUCAUUAGUACACUGUGACCCUGGGAGGGACCGACCAUUAAACCUGUCACAGUCAUUCGUACACUGUGACCC